UUCUUUAAAUUCACGACAAGACAAACACACACGAACACAAUGUGCUCAGAUUUGUACCGUAGUUAUACGUGAUAUUUUUCGAUUUCCAAAUCUUCCUGGCCGCAAGUGUGACACUUGACCGCAGGAAUGAAAUAUACAAAUACAGACCUACGAAGUAUAGAUUUGAUUUUUCGAGCAUAGACCAGUUCUCUCGAAAUGGUAAGAAUUUACACGGCAUGUGAGCACUCGUAUUGUAGACAUGAAUGAUAUUAAUUUCAAAGACAUGAAUGAUAUUAAUUUCGUGAUGAAUUUAUACCAUGCAUGUAUAAAAAUCUGCAGGAUUCUUCACAAUCCUGAUUUCCUUUGCAUUUUCUUCAUUAAUUACCAAUGAGAAUUACAACGUUUGAUCGAAACUUUGCAUCGAGAAUCGUAUCCAAUAGACCUUUGCAUAGAUGCUAGAAUAUAAAUGAAAUGAACAAAUGACUAUAGAUGGCAUGGAGAACAGUGAGAUUUUCAAAACAAUGAAAAGAUAAUGGAACAUUCUGAUCCCUAGAUUGCAUGUGAACUGAAUGCACUAAAUUGUUAUGUGUUGCUAUAUAAGUGUUACGUAAAGGUCUACUUUGUCGCAUGUUCGGUAUAUUCGUUCGACGUAAAAUUAUACGUGAUGCAAGCAGUAGCGGUUUACAUAUUGAUUCAAAAUUGCACCAAGGACAUGUUUGGAAAGCCUUAGAACAUCAGGGUUGAAUACAGCGUCCUUGUUCCUAUGCCACCAAUGUUUGUUUUGAUCUAUCUAUAUCGCUUAUAUUUUACCUGCUGAGAGCUCUCAUUCGCAUUUUAUGUCAUGAGCUAGCACCUUGAACACGUAGUGGAUCAAUUUGUGACGGACAAUGCUGUUUGGAGUAUUCCUAUCGCUCGCCUAUGUCCUAGCCACGAGCCGAGCUGUGCCUUAUGCUUGUAACUGGACGUACAUCCCGUCAGAAUACGUGCAUUUUCCACAUGUGCCCGUGAAUUGUUUCACGACAACUCCAUCGGCGUGUCAGCGUUCAUGGAAAUCUGGCAUCCCCGAGGGCACAGCGACUGCCAAACCGUUGGUCUACUCCGAAUUCAUUAUUUGCCACGAAAGUUUCUCCACUUGCGGGUAUGUGCCUAUCAAUCCCGAAACUGGAGUAGUUCUUGGCGGUAGCGGUGUCACAAUAGGCGGCGGUGUGGAUUUGGGCUCCACCGAGAAGAACUCCGGAGCGUUCAAUCACUUAGGUAAGCUAUAACUUAGUUUCAGUAAGCUUUGCACGACAUAUCACCAAGUCGAACCGACAUGACCUCGUAGCUCAGUUGGUAGAGCAUUGGACUAGUAUCCCAAAGGUCGCAGGUUCGAUUCCCACCGUGGUCAGGCAAACUUUUCAGCAUGCCCGGUGUGGAUACAUAAACACUCAGAGUAACAUCACAAACAUAUUCACCUGAGUACAUGACACCAACACAUACAAAAAGUUUCAACUAAGAAAUGUUGGCAUUUAUAGGAGUAACAAGAUUUAACUGUAUCUCAAUUCUAUUUGCCUCAAAUACAAUAUCACUACAUAUAAUGGAAAUAAUUAACGUUAUUUUCUCACUCUGAUCACUGCAGUUUGACCACUAUAUGUUGCACGAUAGGGCUUAGUUACACCCACCUAAAGAACACUGGCAUUUGCCCGCAUAUACAAUGCAACAGUCGUUUUGGAACCGACAUCUUGUACAAAAGAUCUUACUGGCAAAUGGUUUGAAUUUUAGCAGAUAUCUGACAUCAAAAGCCCUCAUUAAGAAUGCCUUUAUAUAGGUGGGUUUGGCUAAACUAUCGUAUACUGUAGAUGAUAUAGUUAACCUGCUGUUACCAGAGUGAGAAAAUAAUGUAUUUCCUAUUCGGAAGAUGUAGUUUUGUGUUUGAGGUGAAAUAAGAAAGGAGAGAGUAGUAUGAAUUGGCUUGCUCAUGGAAUUGUCGGCAUUUCUGAAUUUGAACGCCAUCACUGCGGCAAUCCCACAUCGCUUACUGAACGAAAGCCAUCUAUAAGUAAUGUUUAUAGAUAGUCGACUCGUUUAGAGCAGCAAGCAAAUUAAGUACAUCUCUCUAAUUUGUUUUCUUCCACCGAUAUAAUUAAAAGAAUAAACAUCUUUGUGAUACUCGCAGGUUACCAUCUGCUGAACACGAUGGUGUUAGUUAUAGAUCUACUCAUUGAAAUAUGUAAACUGACUCUAUAGGAGGGUAUAAAUGAUCUCUAACAUUAACAUUCUAUUUUAAAGAUAUCUCUAUCUACACAAAAUUGAAACCAUACUUGGGGUUAAGACAAGAGCAAGCCGCUUGUGCAUCCAUCGAGAAACCCCUAACCCUCUUCUCAAACGAAGCGCUUACCCUCACCAAUGCGGUGAAAGACUACCUCGUUAAACAAGUCGAAAAAAGAUACAACUUUGACCGAACCCCGGGAUCUACCGCUUUCAUCUCGCUGGAGCGGGGAAUUCGAACGGCGAUGGUGAGCUUAUGGUUUCAGCUAGGUCGCCCAGAGGCGUACCCGGACUUCUGGACGUACGCGAUCCAAAAUGACUGGGAGAGAGCCGUGGCAAGCCUCAGGGACUUCUAUAAGACCCCUCUUGUGCAACGCAUCGAAGAUCUGAGACGCCGCAAUGACGAAGCGGAUAUCAUCGAAGCCACUUUGAAUAAGUGUAGUCGAUCAUUAGACGCCGUUGUAUUGCUAGACGAAUCGGGCAGUGUUACCGAUCGAAAUUUUGCAGAAAGUCUACAAUUCGUGGUUAAUAUUACGAACGCGUUUUCUAGUGCAAAAUUGCGGGAUAGUUACGGCACCAGAGUGGCGCUCUCGACGUUCAGCUACAUGUACAAGGCGCAUUUUCAUCUCUCGAGCUAUAGUUCACAUUCGCAAUAUCAAGCAGCCGUAAAUGGCAUUCGGAAGCAUGGGGGUACUACGUCGCUGGGUUACGCGCUAACACGCGUAUCGGACCAGUUCAGCGAGGCAAAGGGACUCAGAGACGAACGUUACGGAAUCCCGCGUGUGCUGAUCGUGAUCACGGACGGACAAUCGCACGAUUCGGUCCUAAUUCCCGCGCAACGACUGCACAAAAAGAAUAUUGUCGUGUACGCCAUUGGUGUUGGACAAUGUGAUAUGCUACAGUUAUUUGAAGUUGCUUCGUCGCAAGAACAUGUGUACACGCUAAACACUUUCGUCGAGCUAGAGACAUUUAUCUCGACAAUAACGGCCGCGACUUGUAAUGAGCCCCAACCCGUCAACCUCCGAAGACGUGUCGAAAUGUCAAGCCCGAAAUCUAAGUUUCAAUAUUUCGUUUACAAAGCCAAGCCGAAAUCCAUGCUCCAAAUCCAAGUAAGCGAUAAAGUCGGACAAACAUUGUUAUACGUUUCGCGAAGCAACCCCCAUCCUUAUAAACACGAUCAUGACAUUGGUUUCACGCAUUCCGUUCAAAAGGACAAAGUCGUCGUGAUUGCGGUACGGAAUCGGACCAACAUCGUGAAACGAUCGGUGGCCGAAGACGGAAUGGAACGCGUGUAUGUUUCUGUGCUUGCGAAUACAAGAAACGCGCGCUUUACAAUCGAAGCGGUAACCUGCCAUAACUGUCAAGAGGGAACAAAUGAGGAGAUAGUACAACCGGCGUCAGGGGCUGGUUUCAAAACUGUUGCUGGCUUCUGCAACAUUGUUACGCUUGUGUACGCAAUGUUGAGCAUUGUUAUGUAAUGUUAUACAUGGAUAGAGUCUUUUCAUGAGUUUCCAGGGAUUUGCACGCAUAUUAUUCAGAUUACUUUAUGUAGACUUUUGUACUAAGCCAAUUUUUUUGCGCUUUUUUAUUUUGCGUGGAAAGUUUUGACCAGUGGUCCGAGAAUUCAAUUGCACUCAAAUUUGGCUGUUUUGACCAUUUUCGGGUUAGGCUACUAUUUCCGACAGAUGGUGUAUUUUCCGCUGUGUUGGUGGGGAGCUAUUGCCCCCUCCCCGACAUUUCUGCCACUGGUUUUGACGUGGGUGGAGGUGCGUUCAGAGUUCUCGAAAUUUGACAAGUCUUUCUGCUCUACGGUAUUUUGGUUCUGACCAUGUAUAAAUAGAAAGCGCAUUAUAAAUAUGGCUUAUAUUUUCGUUCUAUAUAUUUAUGUACUAUUUAAAUAAUUCGUAACUGCUAAAUGUACCGCUGGACUUUUUGUGAAAUACGUGAGCGAAUAUUUAUCUUAAAAUAAACCAUGGACUAGACAUAUAAUAUAUAAAUAUG